UGAGAAUUCGAUUUCGGUGCUGUGUAGAUUGGGCUGUUUACGUUGCUUAUCAAUCUUUAAAAAUGAAUAAUUGGUGAUAACUUCAAUGAUUAUUGAGUUAUAAAGUAAAAUUUAGUAAGCUGUUACGUUAUUCGACAAUGCCGGACAUAAAAAUAACUCCACUCGGUGCUGGACAGGAUGUCGGCCGCAGUUGUAUCCUUCUUUCGAUGGGAGGAAAGAACAUUAUGCUGGAUUGUGGAAUGCAUAUGGGUUACAACGAUGAGAGACGGUUUCCCGAUUUUUCGUUCAUCGUUCCGGAAGGUCCAAUUACCAAUCACAUAGAUUGUGUGAUAAUUUCCCACUUUCACUUGGAUCAUUGCGGUGCCCUGCCGUACAUGACCGAGAUGAUUGGGUAUACCGGUCCCAUCUACAUGACCCAUCCGACGAAAGCUAUAGCACCGAUUUUGCUGGAAGAUAUGCGAAAGGUAGCCGUUGAACGCAAAGGAGAGAGCAACUUCUUUACUACCCAAAUGAUCAAGGACUGCAUGAAGAAAGUUAUUGCCGUCACAUUGCAUCAAAGCGUGAUGGUGGACAGUGAGUUGGAAAUAAAAGCAUACUACGCAGGACAUGUGCUGGGUGCUGCUAUGUUCUGGAUUCGGGUUGGAUCGCAAUCGGUUGUUUAUACCGGGGAUUACAACAUGACUCCGGACCGGCAUCUGGGAGCGGCUUGGAUCGAUAAAUGUAAACCAGAUUUGCUCAUCUCGGAAAGUACUUAUGCGACAACCAUUCGGGAUUCGAAGCGUUGCAGAGAGCGAGAUUUUUUGAAAAAGGUACACGAAUGUGUUGCUAAAGGAGGAAAAGUACUCAUUCCGGUGUUCGCUCUGGGUCGAGCUCAGGAAUUGUGUAUUUUGUUGGAGACUUACUGGGAAAGAAUGAACCUCAAAUAUCCGGUUUAUUUCGCUGUCGGCUUGACAGAAAAGGCCAAUAAUUAUUACAAAAUGUUCAUCACUUGGACCAAUCAGAAAAUUCGGAAAACAUUCGUACAGCGCAACAUGUUUGAUUUUAAACACAUUAAACCGUUCGAUAAGGGCUAUAUCGAUAAUCCCGGAGCAAUGGUGGUUUUCGCAACACCUGGAAUGCUUCACGCCGGACUUUCAUUACAAAUCUUUAAAAAGUGGGCACCCAACGAAAACAACAUGGUCAUAAUGCCAGGCUACUGCGUCCAGGGAACUGUGGGUCAUAAAAUUCUCGGUGGGGCAAAAAAAGUUGAGUUUGAAAACCGGCAAGUGAUCGAGGUCAAAAUGUCAGUCGAAUACAUGAGUUUCAGUGCCCACGCGGACGCAAAAGGUAUUAUGCAAUUGAUUCAGUAUUGUGAGCCAAAAAAUGUAAUGUUGGUACACGGUGAAGCGAUAAAAAUGGAGUUUCUAAAGGAUAAGAUCAAAGAAGAAUUCCAUAUCGAUUGUUUUACGCCGGCCAAUGGGGAAACGUGCGUGAUCAGUACUCCGAUCAAGAUUCCUGUGGAAGCAUCACUAUCCAUUCUGAAGGAGGAAGCUAAAAAAUACAACGCAGAACCGCCAGAUCCAAAGCGUCGACGAAUUAUUCAAGGUUUAUUGAUUAUGAAGGACAACAAAAUAUCCCUGAUGAACAUCGACGAAAUCUUUAAUGAGUGUGGCUUGAAUCGGCACGUGAUCAGGUUUAUAUCGAAAGUUAAAAUUGACGAUCCUGGACCAGCUCCGCGAACUAUCGAGAAACUGUACAAUCUGCUCAAUGAGCGAAUGUCGGGUUGGAGUGUUACGAUGAAUGAAAACGGGUCCAUCAACGUGGAAUCAGUGAACAUCAAAAUUGAAAAUGAAGAUCAAGUUCCGGGUCCUCCAGGAUCCACUGCAACACCGGGGGCACUGAUAAACACCACCCCGCAUAAGAUUUGCAGUGUUUCGUGGGUUAACCAGGAUGAGGACCUUGGCAGCUACAUAUUGGGUUUACUGCAAAGUUUGUAACCAUUGUUGUAACUUACAAUGUGCGAAAAUCUUAUCUACGAGAAAUGUUGUAUAUUUUCAAUAAACUUUAAUUUUGCACA